GAUACGUGCAGGUGUUCGUCCUGCAAGAGCAGGAUGUGGCUCAAACUGGUGACUCUUGUGAUUCUGUGUGCCACAGGCAAAACAUCUGAAAAUGUUGCAGAAAGCGUUGGUGAGGAGAAGGAGCUCAUCAUUGCCAGAGGAAAACUUCUAGCUCCCAGCGUUGUUGGAUGAUCCAUAAAGAAAAUGCCAGAGCUCUAUGAAUUCCUCAUGAAGCGAUGGGCAUUGUAUCACAACCUGGAAUACGAGUCAGGAGAGGAUAAAAAACCACGGCUGAUCUUCUACAAUGACAAAGACGAGGAGGUCAAGGUUGUGCCUGUGAAAAAGAUGAAGGCAGAUGAGAUCAGCAGCUUGCUGGAUUCUCUUGGUUUCUAUAAGAGGUCACAGAAAGGUGAGGAGGUCCCAGACAACUUCAAACAUUUCCCUUUAAAAGCGCCACGGGAUGAACUAUGACGCCUGCUGGUUUAAGAUGGUACAGCAGCCUGCUAAACAUGACGUCCUGGAUCUCAAGACUUUACACAGUCAGACUCUGGACUGACACAAAGAUGGCAGUUUGUUUUACCACUAGUUUUACUACUUGUCUUAA